AUGUAUCGACAAAUUGAAGUACACCCAGACGAUCAACCACUACAGCGUAUUCUCUGGCGUGCCAGCCCAUCCGAUCCACUCGAUACCUAUGAACUUUGCACAGUUAAGUACGGAACUGCGUCCGCUCCGUUCCUAGCAACUCGCACCCUUCAAUAUUUAGCACAAGUAGAGGGGCACGCCUACCCAGCGGCAGCUGAUGCCGUUAAUAACGAUUUUUACGUUGACGAUCUGUUGACCGGUGCUUAUGAUCCACAAGCUGCUAUAGCUAUCCGUCAGCAAGUAGCAGCAAUGCUUAAGACUGCAGGGUUUGUGAUUAAGAAGUGGGCAUCAAACGUUCCGGAAGUAUUAACUGAUGUACCUGUGACAGAUUUAGCCAUUCAACCCCUACACGAUUUGCAAGAUGACCAAUCUAUUUCAACACUAGGUUUGGUUUGGGAUAUAAAAUGUGAUAUGUUUCGCUUCAACGUCCAGUUACCUCUCCCAGCUGCCGUUCUCACGAAGAGGAAGGUGAUAUCGUAUAUAGCCAAAAUAUUUGACCCAUUAGGCCUUGUGGGUCCCAUCAUAGCUGCCGCCAAGAUGUUCAUGCAGCGGUUGUGGAGAUUGAAAACAGAAGAUAAAAAACCAUACGAUUGGGACAGACCACUCCCACCAAGGUCACAGGAUACUUGGAGGCAAUUUCAUGCAACGCUUCACGUUCUGGAUCAAGUGAGGAUUCCCCGCUUUGUUGCUGUGCCAAUGGCAUCGAAUAUUGAACUUCACAUUUUCUGCGACGCGUCAGAGUCCGCUUAUGGAGCAUGUUGUUUUGUGCGUUCAGAGAACUCCGAAGGUGUUAACGUACAGCUGCUAACCUCAAAGUCUAAAGUGGCGCCCAUCUCUACUAAACACACUAUAGCGAGACUUGAAUUGUAUGCUGCAGAACUUGCAGCGAAGGUAUACCAGAAGGUUACGCAAGCCAUAAAGAUUUCUACUAACACCACGUUCUGGUCAGAUUCAACCACAGUGCUUCAGUGGUUGAGAUCGCCACCAAACCGAUGGAGAACCUUUGUGGCGAAUCGUGUAUCAUUCAUCCAAACGUCUACUGAGGGCACCAAUUGGAGACAUGUGCCAGGUGUAUAA